CAUGAAAGCAGUCCUGGUUCUCGCUGUGUUUUUCGUCAUCGCCUACGUCGCUCCCCAAGGCGCCACUGAGGAGCACCAGCACGAAAGCCACGAAGGUCAUCAUGGCGACCACAUCGACGAGCAUGGGCGCCAUCGCCCGCACCAUGGAUCCGUCUGCAAUUUGUCUGAGCAAUCCCUGGCUGCAGUGGUUGAAUGUGUAGUACGAAAUGUUACCGAGGAGAUUCGAGGAAAACUGGAGAGUGUAAAAGAAAGCCUUCGGUGUGACACCAUCCUUUAUCGAAGAACUUCCGGGAUGGACCCCACAGAUGCCACACGCAGAGCCAUUACUUUUCCUGGCCGGCUGCUCCUAGCCGUGCUGCUGGUAUUCGGACUCUUCGCGACGCAAGAAGCAAGUGCGAUGGUGGGCUUCACCAUGACGCAGGGAACCCAGGAUGGCACGUACAUUCGCUUCAACCGAGUGCCAACGAACAUGAUCGCGGAUGUCACCAAAGAGCUCGGAGCCUUCCGGUGCUCGCAGCCCGGCCUAUACUACUUCUCAUUCACCGCCAUGGCACCGAGCCAAGGGUCGUGCCGCAUAUCGCUGCGGAAAAACCGCGUCCCUAUCGUGACCGCGUUCGCCAGCAACAGCGGUUUCAGCUGGAUUUCCAGCGGGGCCGUGCUGUACCUGUCCCAAGGUGACGUCGUCUACCCUUACGUGGAAGACGGAGCCAUCCACGAGUCGUCGGCCCCGAACAGGGCCUUCACCUCCUUCUCCGGCUUCACAGUCAGCACAGACUCGCUCAUGGCACGCAAUGGUCCUGUAGUCGAUGCCACUGAGGGACCGCUAACGUCACCGGACCCGUACGACGACAUCGAAGAGCGCAUGUAUCGAGUGGAGCUCGCUAAGAACGCCACAAAAUCUGCCUAACAU